UUGCAAUUUUUGAACGAACAUUUCAUUCAUUGAUUUUUCGGUAGUCUGUUGUGUAGCGUUCCAGGGAAAAAUGUCAUAGAAUUUAUGUACAUGAAAUUUGUGUAUUCAUUUUUCUUCAACUGUUUCCCUUAACGCUAUCCUUCUGUGAUGCUAAAUAAUUGGAAUUUAAGUUCUGAAAUGCGCAGAAAAUCAAAAACCACACGUUUUCUUGGCGUUGUUUGUUAUCCGGCGUUGCGUUUUUAUUAAAGUUUAUCAUUUAUUUCUGCAGUUACAAAAUAAAAUGUAGUGUGAGGUUACUGUCCAAUGCCUGUACAUUUGUUUUUAUCCAAAAUUUGCAAUCUAAAAUACAAUAAACAUGUAGCCGCAAAUUAAAUUACAGUAGGUACGAUGUUUGCAAUAGCAGCGUUCCCAACACCCAUUUGACACCGAUGUAGACUUAUAGAUGGAUCAUACUUAGCAUAAAGAGUAGUGAUGGCUUCACCGACUCAGCCGGACGCAGGCUGGAUGGAGCAGGCAGAGAUCGUGCUGGGCCGCAAGCUGACCUCCAUAGACUUGGUCGGCGGGAUAUACUGCACCAUCUGUCAGUCAACAUUUAGUAACAAGAAAGAAUACGACAUUCAUUAUGUGGAUCAUGAAAUUGGCGAUGCCGACAUUGGAUACACCUGUGUCGUGUGUCGCAAACAGUUUACCGGCUACCCUAGCUUCCGUAACCAUUGCUACUUGGCUCAUGUUGCUAAAAACAAGCACAAGUGUGAACAUUGCUCCAGAUCAUUUUCGAAACAAUCAAUUCUGAACAAUCACAUUGACACAACUCACAACUUCAAAUGUGAACCUUGCCAAAAAUUAUUUCCAUCUAAAAAAGAAUUGCAUACACAUCAGAUCAUACAUGGCAAGGACAAGCCUCCGUACUUUUGCCAAGAGUGUGGCCAGUCUAUUGAAAGCAUUGACAUGUGCGAGUUCCACAUAGACGAGCACUGCACCACUCUGUACACUUGCCCCAUCUGCAACGAGACAAACAACAACAAGGUGGACGCUGCUAAACAUCUUACUCAUCACUUUGGCGAAGUACUUACCGACGAAGACAUUACCGCUUCCAACAUAGGGGACCACUGCUCCAUCGAUAUCCUUGGAGGUGUCCUCUGUAACUACUGUGACGAAUUAUUCAAGAACCGAGUAGAGUUUGACACACAUUUUACUACAGAACAUGCAGAUAAGCCACUGGUAUACUCCUGCAACAUUUGUGGGAAACAGUACGACAAGUAUCAUUUGUUUGGGAACCAUUGCUAUAAUCACAUGACCAAAGAUAGAUUUGAGUGUACUGAUUGCGGUAAGACCUUCCCGCGGCUGUCCCUGCUGGUGACCCACACGGAGGCCUACCACUCGGAGGGCUCCGGGGACAAGCCCUUCCUGUGCGGGGAGUGCGGGCACGGGUUCAAGUCCCCGCGCCGCCUGUGCCAGCACACGCGCGUCGUGCACGACACCAGCGCCAUGCGCUGCCCGCAGCACGGCUGCCAGCUCACGUUCGAGUCCCUGAAGGACUUGUUGCUGCACCAGCGCUCGCACCGCGCGAGCCGCGGGCCGUGGUGCCGCCAGUGCGGCCUGCAGUUCACGACGCUGUGGUCGUGCGAGCGCCACCUGGACGUGCACCGCAAGAAGAGCUACGCGUGCCCCGUGUGCGCGCGCACGUACCGCGAGAAGUACCUCAUCCUCAAGCACAUCCCGUCGCACUUCGAGUCCGUGCUGCACGUGUGCAAGGUGUGCGGCAAGGUGUUCUCGCUGCGCAGUCGCCUCGUGCAGCACUCCAAGACCCACUCCGACCUGCGCGCGCACAAGUGCUCCGUCUGCAACAAGGGCUUCAUGAAGGCCUCGGUCCUGGAGCAGCACCUCAACAUCCACACCGGCUUCCGCCCGUACAAGUGCACCGUCUGCCCCAAGACCUUCGCGAGUCAUCCCAACUGGUACAAACACCUGCGCCGCGUUCACAACAUCGACAAAGAAGAUAUCAAAAACAACGUAUCCCAGCUGGACAGCCUGGUGGCGGAGUACGGCGCGGCCACGGCGCCGGGCGGCGCGGGCGAGCUGCGCGAGUACGGGCCCGACUGCGGGCUGCCGGCGCUGGACCUGGACGACCAUCUACUGCCGCACAUAGACCCGCGCCUCACCAUGAAGGCGCCGGCCGCGCCGCCCGCCUGGGAGCCGCUCAUCACCAAGGUAUACCACGGCUUCGACGACGCCGACAUCAACAGACUCUCCAUCCUCAACACCGACAUAUUUUGAAACACUGUACUCCCCCGUCGCACUCGAGUGUCCGACGUGCGAUACCAUAUAAAUAGUAGAUGUUAAUAGUGAAUAAAAUAGUAUUGUACCGGCCGGGCGAGUUCGAUCGCUUCGGAUAGAUCCUCCUGUAUAGAUAUACCACAGUUCUGUUUGUGUUGCACCGGUGCUACGAUCGAAUCCGCUCGGCCACCCACACAGCUACCUCAGGCAAACUACUAUAUACCUCAGUAAUCCAUAGGAAAUAUUUUAAUGUAACUGUUGAUAUAUACAUUUAUAUAACAUAGAUCCCACCAAACAUUAGUUGGUUAAUGUUCUUUAAUCAUAUUCAUAAUAAUGCUACCUCAUUUAGUUGUUUAAGUUUAUCGCGAUAGAUUGUUGCUUAAACGUAUGCCUCGUCGUUCAGAUGUAGAACAGAAUGUAGUUAUGUGCCAUGUGAUGAGGAGCUGGUGAGACCGGACUAGACACACGUACUGCGGGCAACAUUCUGUCUCUGUGUCAUUGGAGCUGCGGACAUUUUGAUACCGCCAUGCACUACUGUCGCAGCCUCAAAAGAGGUGAUUCAAAUUGACUUUGACUCAGCGACACAAACUCGAAUAUAAAUAUGUAUCACCGACUUGCUUCUCGACUUCACUUUGAUCCAAUAGGACCUUCCCAGGUUUUACUCGCAUUUUUAAUUCUUAUUUAAUGCGUACUACACCACGCUUGUCUCCUAUAAAAGCAAUUAUACAUGUUUCUGCAAGUCUCAGCAAUGUGUAUUGUUGAAUGUGAAGGAGUAUUUCAUCUGUUAAUAGUUGUUUCUGUAACAGAUUCAAUAGAAUGAAAGCGGAAUAUAAUUUCCAUUUAUAACCUUCCCACUGGAUCAAAGCACAUUGCCCGCAAUAUGUCCGUCUUACUGUUGAACGUUUCUCCAGCUCACGGUCGACAGACGCCAGUAAAAUCUUUAAAUUGCUGUUCUUUCGGUUCCAAUAUUGUAUUAUAUUCGAUUAUUACGAUCCAAAGUUAGAGUUAGACGAUUUGGUGAACAAAUUAUUUGCAUUUGUAAAUAUUUUGGUACUUGCGGCACUUGCAUUUUCGACGCUUUUUGAGGCCGCCGUUGGUCGUAUUUAAGUUUAGGAUUCGAGGGAUGUUAGGCAAGAAGUAAUUUGACCGCUCUUUACAUAUCAGCUACGGCUGGAGCGUCAGUUUUGUAAGUGUGACUUGACAGAAAUCAUACACAGUCACUUCUAGUCCAGAUGAGUUGUAGUCAUCAAGUGUGUUGCCUAAUGUUCUACUGAAAGAUUCUUCUUCGAUUGAUGAUGGUAUGAUAACGUAUGUGCUAUUGUACAGGGAUUUAAGUAAGACCUAAAGUAUGUUAGGAGCUAACAAGCAUUCACUAGAGGAGGACGUGUCACCGACUGGUUCCACCUGUAGGUCGUCGUAGAAGUAUCACGUCGGGCCAACGGCGGUGUGCUCAUGCAUUUGAAUUUCGAUUCCUUUAUUAUUAUUGUUAUUUUUAUUGGGAAGUCGCGACGCCAAGCGUCGUGAUUUUAGUGUAAGUGAAUCGAUAGUGCUGUGAUAUUUUUUAUGUAUAUUUAGUAUUAAGAUUAGAGAGUGUAACGUAACGAGUGAGUACAAACAAUGUUAUAAUCGCGCGAUGCGGCGAUUCGGAGAUAGAAACCCGCGGCCCGCCCCCGGCGCACUAUGCACAGGGAGUAGUGGAGUAGACACGCGACCAUGCGAGCGUUGGACCGCCACCGCCGCGCUCUGCAUGGUCGGGGCGGGGCGGGCCGCACACCUAGUGCAUUCGGAAAUAGAGAAGUAAUGUUGCUACAUAACAUGGAUGCGCGAGCAUUCUAAAUAAAUCGAAGGAAACAGGUGUUGCCACACCAAAAACAAGAAUAACUUGACAAUGUUUACUUAAGCAGGAUCAAGCUGCAAACUUAAAAUGUUGAUGUAAAUGUUAAAAAAAGAGUAAAGAAAAAUAUUUAACUCCGAAAUAUAUUUUGGAGAGAAUUAUUUACAAGUGUGGAGGAGAGGGGUCUUAGUGAUAAAGAUAUCCAAAGACUGCUAGGUAUUAUAAGUUCUUUGAACUUGAAAUUCGACUUAUAAGUCAGGGAUUUAUGCGGAAUAAAGUCAGACGUAACGAAAGCAAAUAUGUAAUAGACAACGGCGUAGCUAUCGGAUAAUCAUAGGCUUUGACACGAAAACGACAAAAUUAAAAAUGAAGCAAGUAUUUGGCGCCUCGUGACACCUGCAAAGGUAUAGGGCAGAGUUGCAUUGAUCACACACGACCUGGUACACACGGCCGAGGCCGAUGUUAGCAUGAGCGGAUCCAACGAUCCCAUGCUUUGAUAAUUACAAAAAUGUAAAAUUAAGCGCAUGCGCUAACCGGGCAAGUGGAAUGUCCGGCUAGCAAUGGCGCGACCAAUAACCACGCUAGAUUGGUUCCCCAAUUGGCGGCUGCGCGGUGGACGACGAAUUAAAAAAAAACAUAGUAUAAAUAAAAUAUCUUCAUGUGGCGUUAAAUUGUACAAGUUUUGCCAAGUCGAUGAUAGCAGUAUUCUAUGUCUUUUUGUCGUGGUCGGUGUUUGUAAAUCUGUAUGUCUAAUCUAAAUUAUAAAUAUAAGAAAAUGUAUAAAAAAUGUCUCCACCGCGCGACUCGUCCAAUCGCUGUCAGUUCCGUGCGAGCUUGUGACAGUUAUAAUAUACAUAGCAUUAACUCACAUACAAUAUAAGGAUGUCUUAAACCUCACCUGAGGCUUUCAUUAUUUCAAUAUAAAUAGUACUUAUUUCAAACUUCUGUAUUCAUGAAUACCAUUUUGAUGUUAAAAUUUGUUGCAAAGGGGACAAUUGCAUAUUUUCGCGGUAAACAAACCGAAUACAGGUUAUUACAGUAGUAAAUAAAGUAAGGCUGGGUACUAGUAGCGCAGUGAACUAUUAUAAUAUUAGGAUCGGGCAAAAAUGGUGUGAGAGUUACUCACCAUAGCAGGAUGAGCGCUAUAAGUUACAAGACAUGCUGGUUCAUAGCAGGCAUUUUACAACGAGCGCCAUGCAGCCUCAUGCACCGUGUAUCCUGUCAGGUCUGCAAACAGUUACUUGCAUUGCAUGAGGUUCAAUUAACGAUGCUAGAUUCUAUUAUUAUAUCCAAGUAUAUGUAAAUAAGUGAAUUCCAGGGCUCAAACCCACGAUCUAUAUGCAACGGUUUCAAUUGAACACUAGUUCAAUAAGCUUCGGUCGAUGGCUAAAAAUGUAUUGGCUCCAAUACUUCUCUGCCAUUGACAGAACACGUUUAGGCUUAUUCUUGCACCAUAACUUAGAACGGAGCUCGAUAUCGAAGCAUCUUGCUUUCGCUUCACGUGCUGGUUGUGGCUACUCCUCUCUAAUAGUGUCCGGCCGGUAGCUGAAGUAGAUGUACUGCGAAACAUUGAUCUUGAUGACAUAGAUCUCGUUCAGUGAGAGUAGGCCUCCAACUCAGCCGAUCGUCGGGGCGAGCCUCAGAGGUUCAUUCCAACCCGAAAUUGUCUCAUUGUACCCUUUGCGACCGUAUUUGUCCCUAGCUUUUAGGUGUUAGGUUAUAGUCGAACACAGGGUAUUGUGGUUCUAUUUUAACGGAAGUGUUAAAAAACGAUUAGUAAGCGACACACAUCGCACCCGAAACAUGAUGGCUAACAUAAUACUACCCCAAUACCCAACAAGUGUACAAUAUAGGUACCGUUCUAAAUCUGUGUUAAAGUGUAAGGUGUACAGGCCGGGUUACGAUUAUACUUACAGGGAUAUCUAAAACGAAUUUUGAGAAAUACGUACGACAUAUAUACAUGUGUAGACCGCGAUACUCGAGGUAUUGCGAUAACUGGCAAACGAAUUCCUUAAACUUCGUUUUGUAAUAAAAUGAUAUCAGAUUUACAGUCUAUGUUCAUUUCAAAUGUGGUAGGACGUGCGACGGAUAGUACUGAGAGAGCAGGAGUAGGAGUCGUCAACUACUGAUGACGUUAGUAUACGGAAGGUGGCUUAGCCAAUUUGAUAUGAACGUAUUCAUAGAAGGUAAAGUUAUAGAAGAUAUUUUUCAAAUGAAUAUUUAAAAGAUGUAUUAAGUAAAAUAUUUGGAAAUAUGUAAAGUAAGGUACUGUUGUGAAGUUUAUCAAAACCCGGUCGACGUUUCAUGUAGUAAGCUAAAUAAAUUACUUUUUCAUUCGAAAUUCUUCAUUUUAGAGAUUUAAAGAAGUAAAAUGCAUAAUAAGUAUACAUAGUGUAACGAACCUGCUGGGUUAUUUGGCGACGCAUUUUGGUAUUGUGAAAAUAUUUUGUACAUAAUUCUGUAAUCAAUUUUAUCCUUGACACCUAAUUCAUCUAAAAUGUAUUAAACUAUUGUAAAUGUACUUAUUUUGCCGGCAAGACUAUUUUAUGCCAAUGUGUUUUAUCGUGAAAUUAUUUUAACAUGACGUAUUGUUUUGUUUUUUCGUAUUCGAUCAACUUUGUAAUUCUUUUUAUCAUCCAAUGAUUAUGAGUGUGAUUUUUUUUAAAUUCAAGUAUUUUAAGUAGCUGCAUUUUGUAUUGUAUUUAUUGCUCACGUUUAAACGCAUGUAUGGUACAUGAAGUUACGUUGGCUUUUUAUGAACAUAAUAGUUGGAGUCUUGUCGUCUAAAUAUGUAAUCGGCCUAAGGCACAUUGAUGUUAGGCUGCUGACUAGUCGGCCAUGAUUUCAUCGAGCUUACGUGAGCGAAUUCUGAUUUUAGUAAUUUUUAGCCAAAUCAUGGCCUACUAUGCGUUCUUAGAUGGAAAGGAUAUUGAUAAUCAGCUUUUUCGCUUUGAUGUUUUUAAAACUUUUGACAUGAUAUGUAUACUUUUAAGAAACUGUAUUUUUUGUGCGUCAAGCUUCUAAUUGUAAAUAAAAACGCUGUUACAUUUUUUCUACUAUUCGAUAACUGUACGGGAUUAUUUUAAGACGUAGUAUCAUAUAGUUAGCCAGUUAACCUGAGCAGAAAAAUGUGCAAGUUGGAAUGUACUACUAGCGGAAGGCGGCCGCCGAUACUUGUGCACUCUUCUGUCCGGGCUCAGUAUAUAAGUAAUGUACCGAACUACCUCUGCAUGCCUCCAUGGAUAACAGUAAUUAUAGAUUUCUUUUUUGUUAUUAUUGCGAAGUAACUUUACAUUUACACAUAUAUUUUGUACGUUAUAUUAAACAGAGUAAUUAUAAGGGACAUAGGUUUUACAGUUAUAUAUUAUUGCUAUAAUCAAUAUUAAGAGUUGAUGUGUGCAAAUUAGAUUUUGGUUUUAUGUAGGAUGCUACUCAAAUCUGAAUGGAAAUUAUUGAUCCUUAUACACUUCAUAAUACAA